AGGUGAGUGCCUUUGGUUUUCUCUUAACAGGAAUUUGGAAAAGGAGGCCUACCAAGAUGCCGGAGGGUGGUAAAGCCGGAAAAGUCCUAACCCUCGAGGACCUCAUCGCAGCCCUAGAUCGACAUGAGAAGACCCCAAGUAAUGUUCCGAGGGUUGAGACCUUCCACUUUGAUGGGGAAAGGGUCUCAGACUGGCUAUACCUUGUGGAGCAGGCGAUGGUGGGAUUGUCAGAUGAGGUGAAAUUCCAACGUAUCAUGAGGUACGUGCUCCAUAGGCACCAUCAGGAGGUGCAAAAGGUUUUGGAUGCCGCCCACGGCAGUUGGGCAAGAUUCAGGGAGAACAUGCUGCGCAAGUAUCGGUUGGGUGAUGGAUUGCUUACCAUCCAAGAUCUUGAGGGAAUGAACAAGGAUGACUUUACCACGAUAGGGGCCUUCGUACAAGAAUUUAAGAAGAAGGCAAGGAAAGUUUACGGGAUCUCUGAGGAGAGGCAGUGCGCUAUCUUUCUGGGACUGCUUACUGGGUCAGAGGCGGCCGAACUGAUAAGCCAUGGAGGAGGCAGCGCAAAGCUUACUUGGGCCACCAUCGACAGAGGAGUGGAGGAUGGGAGUUUAGACCAGGUAAAGCAGCAUCAGAUGCGUCUGCAAAGGAGGAAAAGGAAGGAAAGGGACGUUACUGCAUCAGGGACCCCGGGGGUGAAGAGGAUCAUCACUGAUGUACUUGCGGCAUUAGGUUAUGGCCAGGAUGCCGAGGCGCAGAGAAAGGCGGUAGCCGUGGUCCAAGGCCGAGGGAAAAAGGUGGGGGAUGAAGGCGCCGGGCAAGAGGAUUACGGCCUGACUUUUUAUAAGGCAGUCAUGGAGAAGGGCGGGCGGGGCACGCGGCCACGACAGAGACCUCUCGGGGCAUCCGGAGGGGGGGAGCAGCGUGGGCCCUUCAGGAGAGAGCUUACACCCGUGUUUGAUGACGACAACAUCGAGCUUUUCCUGGACGCCUACCGAGAGCAUGCAACCCGGAGAGGAUGGGACGUGUCUGAGAGGAGAGAGGCAACUCGCCAGUGGGCACGUGAGACGGGCCAGGCGAUUGAGGGUGCAGACGAGGCGAUAGAGGUUGGGGAGCUGGGUUUUGCCGCCACAAGAAGGGCUACCGAGUGGGUAGACAAGGAGAUAAAGCAGACAUCCAUCGAGACCUUUCAAAGGUACUCCCUGCUUAGUGACGAAUUGGCCCUCAGGAAAGACGAGGUGGAACAAUUGACUGCCCAACUCACGGAGGAGAGAGCCGAGAACAAGGCCAGGCAGGCUCGCCUGGAGGCAAAGGAGGCUGAGUGGGAGGCAAAACUCAAGGAAAUGGCGGCCGCAGUAGAAAAGCUUACCGCCACCAAGGUAAUCGACUGGGCUGAGCAGAGCAGGUAUGACAUCCAAGGCAAGGAGGUGCAAGGGUUGUUUGGCCAAGAGGAGGCAGCAGAGGCAUCUCGACAGGAGAAGUUGGGGAAGGUAUUUCUAAACCCAGCUGAGGCCUAGGCAAGGAAGGAAGCCAACAAGGAAAGCUUUGAGUUCAAGGCUCCUACUAAGCUGGCUUCACAGCAGG